GGAAACUUGCCGCUUUGCCUGCAAAGUCCUUCUCCUGUUCAUGCAAACGCUGGCCCAGCGCACACACGCUGGCUGACGCCUGCUGCUUGAACACCUGACACACACACACACACAGACACAGACACAGGCAAGUAGUGAGCAGCUGUGGAUAGAAAGCCGCGCAAAUGAGGCGAUGGGAGAGAAUGCAACAGUGAUGUGAACAUCAGUGGAUGUGGAUUUUUUUUUCAAACACUCAUCAAGGCAAACACACACACGGCCUCCAGUGGAGACACACACCAGGACUAAGACCAGGACUAAGAGUAUGAUGCCAAGAUGAGCUGUGCUCAGGCUGAACCAGAGCAGAGGCCUGCUAAUUCCAGUGACAACACUAGUCCCAGUACAAACGCCCAUCCCAAUGCUCUCACUAAGCCUAGCGUCUCUGGAAGCCCUAUACACAAUGCCAAUGCACCCACAAAUCCAAGCAAUACUUUUAACCCCAAUGCCUCAAACACCAGCGAUGAGAUGGAGUGCAAGAUCUGCUACCAGCGCUACAACAUUCAUAGCCGUAAGCCCAAGAUACUGGACUGCUUGCACCGCGUUUGUGCCCGCUGCCUUAACAAGAUCCUGGACAUUGGAGACAGCUCGGGCUGUAUCUGCUGUCCCUUCUGCCGGCAUGAGACAAGAGUUAAUGACUAUGAAGUGGCAGCACUACCAGACGACUCAAACAUCAUGUCAAUCCUGGCGGUUCGGGACAAGUGCUGGAAUUCAGACCACAGCAAAGAGGUGGUACUGACACCCAAGAGCCUAUCGUCUAGUGAUAGUCCAUACCACGAUUCGUCUAACUGCCUGGUCAUCACUAUUAUGGAGGUCCAGAGAGAUGCACAGCAUUCAUCCAGUCGUAAUGGUAGCUCCGAUGACUAUGGGGAACACAGCCUGGACUCUAUAUCAGUGGCAUCAAACGGUGGCACCAUGGACCAGGAUGCAUUCACUAAGUUUUGUAAUCACGUACCGCGGAUUCUUGUGUGGCUUCUGGGCUUUUUUUACUUUGGGUCCUUGCCACUGGGCAUAUACUUACUGGUGAUCCAAAGAGUUACUCUGGGCAUUGUAUGUGUUAGCCUUGUCCCCACCAGCCUUACUGUGUGUCUCAUGUACGGAUUCUGCCAGUGCCUUUGUCAAGGCAUGUGUGACUGCUCCAGCAGAAGCUGACUGGACACGACAAAAGUGUGUCUCAUAACGAUGAGUGUGAACAAACUAAUAACACAAGGACACUUUCAUAUAUGUGUUGAGGGCAGUUAAACUUAAUAUAUCGCAAUAUCGCAUGAGCAAGAGCGCUGUUGUACUGAAUAUCAGGUAAUCCCAACUGUGCUGAUAUACAACAGUACAACAGCAGGAUUGUGAGUGUAAUAUUGCUUUCAUAUAUCAGUUCUAUAAACAAGAAAUUAAUAUAUAGUAACUGACAUUUCAGACACAAUAUGCCCAAAUAUGUCGUUUAUUUUUGCUCCAUCAAUGAAAAUAGUUCCCAAAGAAGCCACAGCUGGAUAGAGAAUUGCGUGUUGCCAAGCAACACAUAGGGUGACUGACAGCCCAUAGCAAGUGUAGUAGCAUUUUCUAUUAAAAAACUAUUGCUAGAAUUGGAAUUUUAUGUGAUGAACACAAACAAGUAGAGUGAUACAAACAGUUAUGUUCCAGUGCUUUUAUAUUUAAUAUCAGCAACCUUGGAGCACCGCUUUUCCUAUCAAAUAACUGGACCAGAGCUAACUGUUGUAUAAUAAUAUAAAAAUUUAAACCAGUCUCUUCCUUAACAACAAAAACAACAACAACAAAAAGUCACAUCUGGUGUCUGGGGCUUUAAAGUGUAUGUGCAUCAUGACACAGAGAGGGACAUUUAUGUCCAAGAGGUGCAAUAAUGGUCUCUCCUUCUGUCCUCCCAAAAGCUAACAUUGAGUCAUGAGUAUCUAGGGUGCUGUGAGUCAACUAACCUUCAGGCAAACGCUGAUUGGUAGAGGCGGGGAAGUGUAUCCGGAUGUGUACUUGGAAACAUUGUGAUGAGACCCUGAAACCCAACUUGUGCCAGUUCCAUUAAAGGUUUCAGAC